AUGCUUUCAUCCACCACCUUUUCGCUUGUGGCGAUUGCACUUCUGACUCCGCUUGUCCACACGCAGGCUACGCUUCCUCAGGUUGAUCUCGGCUAUGAAAUCCACCAGGCGAUCAGUUUCAAGCAAACCGGACAGACGUACAACUUCUCAAAUAUACGUUAUGCACAGCCGCCCAUAGGUAACCUUCGCUUUGCUGCUCCUGUGCCACCCAGUGGCAGAAACAAUGUGGUGCAGAACGGCAGUGUCGACAGAAUCUGUCCGCAAGCUAUUCCGGGAUGGUAUCCAAUCUCCUCCGAGUUCGUUCAGUAUCUCAUAGCAGGGAAUGCGACCUCGUUCAACUACACCCAGGCCGAGGAGCAGCUUCAAAUUGCCUUGCAAAAUGCUAAGCCUACCCCACCAGAUCCACGGAUGUCUGAAGAUUGCCUGUUCUUGGAUGUGAUUGUGCCCAAAAAGGUCUUUGACGGCUCGAAAAGUAGAGUCAGAAGACGCCAAAAUGCGGGUGCUGCGGUGGUGGUCUGGAUCUACGGCGGCGGGUAUACUCUCGGAUCCAAAGAGGGAUCUGGAAAUCCUAGUGGUCUCAUCAAGGCUAGUCAGGCCAACGGAGGUGAGGGCGUCAUCUUCGUGGCCAUGAACUACAGACUAGGCGCUAUGGGUUGGCUUGCAGGCCCUACCUUGCAGGCAGCCGGAGGAGUGUCUAAUGCAGGCCUUUAUGAUCAGCGUCUGGCUCUGGAAUGGGUGCAGAACAACAUCCAUUUGUUCGGUGGCGAUCCAAACCGGGUCACUGUCAUGGGCGAGUCGGCCGGAGGAGGAUCAAUCGUCCACCAGAUCACCGCCUUUGGGGGCCUGAAGGAAGUCCCUUUCCAGCAAGCCAUCUCGCAAUCACCCGGCUAUCUUCCGACGCCGUCAUAUUUUGUCCAGGAAAACGCCACGCAGUCGUUUCUGUCGCUUCUCAACGUCAGCACAAUCGAGGAGGCCAGACAAGCAUCCUCUGAGGCAGUAAUCAAAGCCAAUGCACUGCAGGUGGGAGCCUCCCAGUAUGGAGGAUUUACCUACGGGCCAGUUGUUGAUGGGGUCUUUGUGCCCGCGCUUCCUGGUACUCUGCUCAAUGCAGGGGCAUUUGCGAAGAAUUUGAGCGUCAUGGUGUCACAUACACUCAGCGAGGGACCAUCUUUUACGCCACCCUAUGUGCAAACUGACGACCAGUUGGAGAACAUGAUAGUCAUGCUUAAUCCUGGCACACCUCCCGCGGCGGUAGACUACAUUGUCAAAACACUCUAUCCAGCUGUCUAUGAUGGAAGCCAGCCUUAUAAGUCUCCCAUUGAGCGAACUAUCCUGUUCGUCACCGAAUCGUCCUUCACCUGCAACACAUACUUCCUCAACAAAGCUUACAGCAACAACACGUACUCGUAUCAAUUCGCCGUGCCGCCUGGCUUCCAUGGAUAUGAUGUGCCAUAUACCUUUUACAAUGGCCAACCCACCAACCUCACGCAGGACCUGAUUGCCCCAGUGGCCAAAACCCUUCAAGCCUACCUCACGAACUUCAUCCUGUCGGGCAAUCCCAAUGGACAGGGACUGCCACCAUUCCCAAUGCAGGGUCAAAAUGCCAGUAUGAACUCGAUUUCGACUGUGGUGGCACGGGUUAAAGAUGAUACAUCAAACCAAAGAUGUGCGUGGUGGGAGAAGUCACUGAAUAAUUGA